AAUGUCUGACCCCAGAAUCGGAGGAACCGAGUGCUUCCUGCUUGCUUAAAAAAGGGUAAUUCCUUGACUAGUUAGAGGUAAUGCCUGCUAAAUGAACAGAAAAGAUAAUAAACUGAAGUGUAAACACAAUGGAAAUACGGUCUUACUAAACAGUAAUAAAAAAUUGAAAAUGCAUUGAAAACCCCUUGGCACUAAACAUAUAAAAGUGACCAUUAACUUUUGAACCUCAUUCAUGCAGCUCAUGUUCCACAGAGGACUUUGGGUACAGCUCGUGGAGAAGGAUGGGUGCUGAUGAAGCCACCUGAACAGGACGGGGCUGCUGCCAACCAGAAGCACAAGGCCUGAGAUAUCUGGUCAGCCUUCUCUCCUGCCUGCCUGUUCAGACGUCAUUUUACCUGGAUUCACAGCGAUGUGAGCGGUGUUGGGGCACAGCUGGUCUUUUUGCUCUUUGAAGUUCUGAGGAUUUCAAUGCAUUUUAUGCACAUGAAUGAAAUUUAAGAUGUUCUAUACAUCUGAAUAUUUCUAUUUGUUCUUUUUAAAGAGAAUUAGCAGGAACAUAAGAGUUCUUUUGCAACUAUUUGGUAAACAAUGAAGGUUCUGUUACUGAAGGACCCCAAAGACAAAGAUUCAGGACCAGAUCCGUAUAUUAAAGAAUUAGGAUUAUAUGGACUUGAAGCAACUUUGAUUCCAGUUUUGUCAUUUGAAUUUGUCUCUCUUGAAAGCUUAUUUGAAAAGCUCUCUCAUCCAGACUCUUACGGGGGCCUAGUUUUCACUAGUCCAAGAGCAUUAGAAGCCAUCAAGAUAUGUUUGAAAGAGAAUAGUAAAAAUGAAGCCUGGUCAAAAUCUCUUAGACAAAGAUGGAAUACCAAACCAGCGUACGUGGUAGGGAAAGCUACAGCUUCUCUAGUGGAAGAAAUUGGCCUUUCCCCACAAGGAGAAAAGACUGGAAAUGCUGAAAAAUUAGCUGAAUAUAUUUGUUUGAGAGAGAAAUCUAAUCCAUCAUGCCUUCUUUUUCCGUGUGGAGCCCUGAAAAGAGAAGUACUUCCUACAGCACUUAAAGAAAAAGGCAUACCUCUGGAAAGCCUUACUGUAUAUCAAACAACCCAACACACCAGUCUCCAGGGAUCAUUGAGCAGUUAUUUCUCACAACAGGGAAUCCCAGCAAGUGUUGUGUUCUUCAGUCCGUCUGGUGUCAAGUUUUGCCUCCAGCACAUUCAGAAGCUAUGUGGGGAUUUUAUCAACCAUGUGAAGUUUGCUGCUAUCGGUCCAACAACUGCUGAAGCCAUGGAAGCAGCAGGGAUCCCAGUAAGCUGUACUGCAGAGAGUCCAACUCCCCAAGACCUCGCUGCUGGGAUCCAAAAAGUGCUUUGCCUACAGAACUGCGUUCUGUCUAGGAACGCUGCACAUAUUUCAGGCUGAGUAUGGCUCUGUAGAAGGUUUUUAAUUCUGCAGACCUGUUGUCCUGCAAGAAAGUAUUGUUUGGAAACAUGCAAUGCUAUCCUUACCAGCAGCUCAUGAGAGCAGCUGACAUCUAAAUAUCUAAGAAAUCUAGAAUUUGUCCAGCAUGUUUUAAAGCCUCUGGCUAUUCCCCUUCAUCUUAUUUACAUGUGCAGUGUAAAUAUUUUAUGUGGCCAUUCCUGGAAAACUAGUUGCAAGAGGCUAAUCUGCAUCAGUGUGUUAUGUUGACAUUUCAGGUUCAGCGUGUUACCUCAGGUAUCUUCCCCUAGUCCCCAGGUUUUCAUUCCUGUGCAUAGUCAGUUUUACAAGCACAUCUAUUUCUUUGGUAAAAGAAAAUCAUACUUACAAUGAAGUAUUUUUUUGUUUGCUUUAAAGCUUGUUUGUUUUGCUUUCAAAUAUUUAUAUUAAAAUGAUUGUAGAUCUUCAAUAGAAUUGGACAGUUCCUGGAGUAAAGUUGCACUGUGUGGAGCUGAUAGCAGGUCAGUUAUUGACACUUAAUAUCCUUACAGUACAGGGUCUUAAAAAUUAGGUUUUGAUUUCUGAUUCUGUAAAGAUGGAGGAUUUAUUAACAGAGAAAUAAACUGGCUUGUCAUUGUUAA